ACAUAUUCUUCGUCUUUCUUCACUUUACAGUUUUUAGAAACCCUAACUUAGCUUACGUUGUUUUCUCAUGCCUGAUAUAGAAUAGAGACUCAUUCCUGUAGCCUUGAAUUCCCUGCAACGUCGGUAGGAGUGAAAGUGGAAGUGGGAUUAGGUUAAGUUAGGUAUGAGGGAUACUGGGAAUCCGGUUUCCAAUGCAAAAUGGUAUGUGUAGUAUUAGUAUUUGUAUGGGCUGAAAGGCGGGAUCUGUCGUGAUCAAAUAUAUGCGGGCGAAGUUUGUCAGGAGAGAUGACAUGCAUUGAUUUAUGCAUCACAAGUUUUGGAGGUCUCUUUCAGGGGAAAAGUCUUUGCUGGCUUCCACCCUUGAAUCAUUGCCGAUGCCAUUUCUGGUUCGGCUAGGAGUAUUUGCAUCUGUAGAGGAAAAGGAGAUUUGCCCCCUCUCAGAGAAACCCAGAAUCCAGAACAUAAGGGACAGGAAUUUAUAGUUGCAAUAAAGUUUAUUAGAGACAUCAGAUUUCUACCGUUCAUAAUAAUUAGGUCUGUAGAUACCUCACAAUGACAACGAAUGCCACAAUGAUCAAGCCAAGUGCACAAACUUUGAGGCAAUAAUGGCCUGAAGAUGAAGAAAGAUGUGAAAUUUUCUACUUGGGCUUUGUUCUAUACAGGCUGUAAUGAUGCGAGUUUUAUCAAGGUCACAGUUUGAAAUCAGAAAGGUCCAGUGAAGAAGAUGUAUGCAAGGAAUGGUGCAAAUGGUGGAGAGGAGGCAGAGGGAUUUAAGCAAGAGAAUGGGUAUCUCGUAGGAACACCAGGCUGGAGCUGCACUACGUUGUGUGGCGUGGAGCACAGCACCAGCGAUGUAGAUGGAACUUUCUUUCCACCAUCUGCAGAUCAAAAUCAAAGCAGCAAACAUAAAAAUCUUUCAGGUAGUGAUUUUUGCAGCGAUAUUUUCAGUGGGUCUGAAAAUACCCGGAUAGGCUUGUGGAUUCCUCGAUUUGUGACACCAGGCAUGGGAAAUCUGGAUGUGCAAGCAGAUCGGGUGACAUCUAAUGUUAUCCAGCUCAUGGAUUCCACAGCUGGUCAGAGCGAGAAGAAGAAAGCUACGGCUGCGAGGAAAAGCAAACGUUCUUCUAAAGGCAGUGGGACUUCCAGUAACAAGGAUCUGAUGGAGGUGUACAGAAUUAGUCGGCCUUCUGGUAGCAAGGAUCGGCACAGUAAGGUUGCUACGGCAAAAGGGCCCAGAGAUAGAAGAAUGAGAUUGUCCGUUGAGACCGCCGUCAAAUUCUUCCACGUACAAGACAGGCUUGGCUUUGACCAGCCUAGUAAAGCAGUGGAAUGGCUCAUUGAGAAAUGCAGCUCUGCCAUUGAUGAACUUCCCCACAUAUCUCACUCAGAAUCGCUCCCAGAUUUUAAGUCCUUAUCAACGCCCAUGAAUAGUGCAGCAGAGUUGAUAAUGAAUUGUGAGCGAGAUCAGCGUAAAAGAGGUAGAAACUCCAAACUGAGUAGUUGUUCGCCAAAUGUCAAGGAGCUGAAAACAAAGGCAAAGCCGGAGAGAGAUCAGGAAGGAAGUAAACGUAAAAGAAGAGGGCAAGCUAAGGUUUCAAGUGAAGUUAAUCAAAAGGCAGUGGAGACGAUGAAUUUUCGGCAAGGUCUUUUGCAUAUGCAUUGCCAUGAUUUGAGCGGGAUUGGAAGGUUUGAAAGCAGGCACAAAACUCCAUAUUUCAAUUGUGCUCAGUACUCACCCGAAAUAGUGUUUCAGUCCUACCCAAGCAGUAGCGUGCAAUCAGCCGAAUCGUUCUCAGGGCGAGAUUCCACUGCUACAACAACAACAACAUUUUCUGUGCCUUCUUCAUGCCCAUUUCCAAGAGUAAUGCCGUCCAUCAGCAUUGACCCACAAAGCACCAUAUCCGAAUUUUAGUCUUAUUCGUAGAUCAAAGAGAGAAAACCUAAAUGAGCUACUAAACAAUGCAAACAAUCCGGGCUUUUUGAAUAAGGUAUGCCACUGUAGAUAGUUUGUAAGAGCAAAAUUCUUUGGGUUUCCGACCAUACGAAUGCUUUCUACUAGCUCACCUUUUUUGUGCUGACAGACAUGUCAUUUGUACUCGUUUUAUUUAUGUUAACCGUGCAAUUGCUUGUUUCUUUUGAA